CCAUAUUAGCAGUAGAAGAGUAUGAGGAGAUGCAAGUAAACCUGGAAUUGGAGAAGGACCUUCGAAAGAAAGCAGAGUCAUUUGCACAAGAGAUGUUCAUCGAACAAAACAAGCUAAAGAGACAAAGCCACCUUCUGCUUCAUAGCUCUGUCCCUGACCAGCAGCUUUUGAAAGCUUUAGAUGAAAAUGCAAAACUCAUCCAGCUCCUUGAAGAAGAGAGAAUUCAGCAUCAGCAAAAGGUCAAAGAAUUAGAAGAGCAACUAGAAAAUGAAAUACUCCACAAAGAGAUACACAACCUCAAACAGCAACUGGAACUUCUAGAAGAAGAUAAAAAAGAAUUGGAAUUAAAAUAUCAGAAUUCUGAGGAGAAAGCCAGAAAUUUAAAGCAUUCUGUUGAUGAACUCCAGAAACGAGUGAACCAGUCUGAGAAUUCAGUACUUCCACCACCUCCUCCUCCACCACCACUCCCCCCUCCACCUCCCAAUCCUAUCCGAUCCCUUAUGUCCAUGAUUCGGAAGCGAUCCCACCCCAGUGGCAGUGGUGCUAAGAAAGAAAAGCCAACUCAACCAGAAACAA